AUUUCGGUCCGGGGAUUUCCGCCGUACAUUCUACUUCCGUUGCUGAGAGAGCAGACGAGAUCUGUUUGAGUUAAUUUGUAAUUGAAACAAACUCUUACAUGUCUUUCGAAGUUUUAGUAUUCAAGUAACGAAAAGCAGCAGAGUAAAUCGUUAAGACAUGCAGUGACAAAGGAAGACACAUUCUUUGGGUGCGACACAGAGCGUCAACAUGUCUAUUGUGCAAGUGCAGGGGGGCGGGGGACGUGUGGCUUCAGACCGCACAUCAUUCGUUGGAGCCCGUGUUCCGCCUGAAAUCAAAGCAAUGAUCAAACCGCUGAACAAACUAGACAAGAACACUUUUCGAAAAGUUUUGAAAUUGGUUGUACAGAGCCUCGAAGAUGAAGUUACUUACUCUGAGUUUAAAGCUAUUGUGCCCACAUUGGAGGAUGCAACUAGUGAAGAAAUCUUAGGCAUUGUGUUUGCUGGCUUGCUGUGUCUUGUCAAAUGUGGUCUUCGGCAUACAACAACUUCACUAAAACAACAGCAUUUCAAGGAAGAUCUUGAUGAACUGGGAAUUUCUUCAGAACUUCACAGUGAUCUUGCCAGCUGUGUAUUUGGAACAAAAAGAGCAGUUCUUGACCAGCAGCUUUUGACAUCUCGACCCAGACUACCACAGCUUUCAGAGUUAAAGUGGCGGGUUGAUGUUGCCAUUUCUACCAGCGUUUUGAAUAGAGUUCUGGAGCCAUCAAUCUUAAUGGAAAUGACACUAAGUAAUGGACAAAUUAAAGUGUUUGAGGUUCCUGUGUCACAGUUUCAUCAGCUUCGGUAUAAUGUUGCUUAUGUUUUGAAACAGAUGGAGGACCUCGAGAAACGCAGCAUUCUUAAAAUUCAGGAUUAAAUUCUUUUGAAUGAUAUUUGUUUGAGACAGUUGCACAUAAACACUCAUAAUAUGGGUGUGAAUGUAAUCAGAUUUGGUAAACGUUGAUGAUCGAAACAUCCAGAUCCACAUCUAAGGUUACAGGUUUACAGAAAAUUAAUUAAAAUUUACACAUUUUGGUGUCAUAUUUGGAUAAACAAUUUGGGUAAAUGAACUUGAGAAGAUUAGUAUAUAACCAGAUAUUGGGAAGGAAAAAUAAUCUUUAAAAUAGUUCAUUUUAACUUUAGACUAGUCUUUUUUGUAUUGAUACAUAUUAAAUUUUAUUAUUGUUAAUAAACCAGUCUAAUUAGUGUUCAGGAGUUAAAAGCUGAUUUGGGCAUAUGUGUGUUACAAAGAAUUGUAUGAACUAAUUGAUUACAUGAUGCUAGUAUGGUUUAGACAUACUUUUUCCCUUUCCCCUCAUCUGUUUAAUUACUUGGUUCUGACAGUGUUCUUUACUCAUUAAAAUAAAUCAGCUUAUCUGCUCAUUUUCGUUUUACUUGGAAGUAGAUUCAUUCAGGUACAUGUUGAGUUAGUAUAUAUGAAAGUAUGAAAGUUUAAAACUGUAGAGAAACAUUUUAAUAUCAGAAUAAAAAUGUUGAUAACCCUUA